AUGAAGCUGGUAACUGUGUUUCUGCUGGUGACCAUCAGCAUUUGCAGUUACUCUGCUACCGCCUUCCUCAUCGACAGUUUGCCAGGUGCUAUCAAUGAAGCCUUACCUUUACCUGUGGACAAUAUUCUCCCCUUUAUGGAUCCAUUAAAGCUUCUUCUGAAAACUCUGGGCAUUUCUGUUGAGCACCUUGUGGAAGGGCUAAGAAAGUGUGUGAAUGAGCUGGGACCAGAGGCCUCUGAGGCAGUGAAGAAACUGCUGGAGGCGCUGUCGCAUUUGGUGUGAUGUCAGCACAAAACAGCAGUGGAGGGGAAGGGGAAUGGUGCUCUCCUCCUCUGGGCUAGAACUCAUUCCAUCCUAAGAUGUAAUGACCCCUGAAAAGAACGAAUAAAGC